GAAGAGCCGUGCAGGCCGGGAAAAAUGGCGCCUCCCAGUCCCCGAGAGCCCAAGGCCCCGACUGCCACGAGCGCGGCCAAGCCCGACGGGGAGAUGGUGCUGCCGGGCUUCCCGGACGCAGACAGCUUCGUAAAGUUUGCUCUUGGGUCAGUGGUGGCAGUCACCAAGGCAUCUGGGGGCCUACCACAGUUUGGCGAUGAGUAUGAUUUCUACCGAAGUUUUCCUGGCUUCCAGGCAUUUUGUGAAACACAGGGAGACAGAUUGCUUCAGUGCAUGAGUAGGGUAAUGCAGUACCAUGGGUGUCGAAGCAACAUUAAGGACCGAAGUAAAGUGACCGAGUUGGAGGACAAGUUUGAUUUACUAGUUGAUACCAAUGAUGUCAUUCUGGAAAGAGUGGGUAUUUUACUGGAUGAAGCAUCAGGUGUGAAUAAGAAUCAACAGCCUGUCCUCCCAGCAGGAUUGCAGGUUCCCAAAACAAUAGUGUCCAGCUGGAACCGUAAGGCAGGAGAAUAUAGCAAAAAAACAAAAUCUGAAACUUUCCGGUUGCUUCAUGCAAAAAACAUCGUCCGGCCUCAGCUUAAAUUCCGAGAAAAGAUCGACAACUCCAACACUCCAUUUCUUCCCAAGAUCUUCAUCAAGCCCAAUGCUCAGAAACCCCUCCCUCAGGCACUCUCUAAAGAAAGGAGGGAGCGCCCCCAGGAUCGUCCGGAGGACCUGGAUGUGCCCCCUGCCCUGGCGGAUUUCAUCCAUCAGCAGAGAACCCAGCAGGUGGAGCAGGACAUGUUUGCACAUCCUUAUCAGUAUGAACUAGAUCACUUCACUCCACCAGAUUCAGUCCUUCAAAAGCCACAACCCCAGUUAUAUAGGCCGGUGGGGGAGACCCCCUGCCAUUUUGUGUCUUCCCUGGACGAGCUGGUGGAGCUCAAUGAAAAGCUCUUGACUUGUCAAGAAUUCGCGGUGGACUUAGAGCACCACUCGUACCGGAGCUUCCUGGGGCUGACCUGCCUGAUGCAAAUCUCCACCCGAACAGAAGACUUCAUCGUGGACACGCUGGAGCUUCGAAGUGACAUGUACAUUCUCAAUGAGAGCCUCACAGACCCUGCCAUCGUUAAGGUCUUCCACGGUGCUGACUCAGACAUCGAAUGGCUACAGAAAGACUUCGGCUUGUACGUAGUGAACAUGUUUGAUACCCAUCAGGCAGCACGCCUCCUUAACCUGGGCCGGCACUCCCUGGACCACCUCCUGAAACUCUACUGCAGUGUGGAAUCGAACAAGCAGUAUCAGCUGGCCGACUGGAGAAUACGACCUCUGCCUGAGGAAAUGCUCAACUACGCCCGGGAUGACACCCAUUACCUGCUUUACAUUUAUGAUAAAAUGAGGCUGGAGCUGUGGGAGCGAGGCAACGAGCAGCCUGUGCAACUGCAGGUGGUGUGGCAACGCGGCAGGGACAUCUGCCUCAAGAAAUUCGUCAAGCCCAUCUUCACAGACGAGUCCUACCUUGAACUGUACAGGAAGCAGAAAAAGCAUCUCAACACACAGCAGCUGACAGCCUUUCAGCUGCUGUUCGCUUGGAGGGAUAAAACAGCUCGUAGGGAAGAUGAAAGUUAUGGAUAUGUACUGCCAAACCACAUGAUGCUGAAGAUAGCUGAAGAACUGCCCAAGGAACCUCAGGGCAUCAUAGCUUGCUGUAACCCUGUACCACCUCUUGUACGGCAGCAGAUCAAUGAGAUGCAUCUCUUAAUCCAGCAGGCUCGGGAGAUGCCCCUGCUCAAGUCUGAAGUUGCAACCAGCGUGAAGAAGAGCGGCCCGCUGCCUGGUCCUGAGAGAUUGGAGAAUGUGCUUUUUGGACCCCAUGACUGCUCCCACGCCUCUUCAGAUGGCUACCCUGUCAUCCCAAACAACGGGCCUGUGCCAGUGCAGAAACAAGCAAGCCUCUUCCCCAACCAAAGAGAAGAAGAAGCCCUGCCAGAUACCAGAUGCCUUAUUGCCACUGCUGUCAUCACGCUAUUUAACGAACCUAGUGCCGAAGAAAGUAGAAAGAGCCCAUUAACAGUUGCACAGAAGAAAGCCCAGAACAUAAUGGAGUCCUUCGAAAAUCCAUUUAAGAUGUUCCUGCCUUCACUCGAACACCGCGCUCACAUUUCUCAGGCAGCAAAGUUUGAUCCAUCGUCAAAAAUCUACGAACAUUAUGGAUAAGCAUAAGGAAACACCUUCCCUGGAGCCCCAUGAGAUGUUCCUGGGAGCCAGCGUGUUAAUUGUUAAAAGCCUUCUUCCUUCCUGCAGGAAGGACCUGCUCUGAUCAGACAGGGGCUUGGCUCCCUCUGCCCACCCCCCCCCCCCCCCCCCCCGCUCUUUCAUUAGGCAGCAACGGUCAGGCCAGAAAGCCUGAUGGGCCUCCGCCCUGUCGCUAGUGGUUAGCCUGCUGUCUUUAGAGAUGAGGAGUCAGGGGGAUUUUUGGGGCUUCUUUCCUUACUCCCCUAUGGGUUAUGGCCCAUUCAGCCACACAUCCCUUACUGUGCUUCUAAUACCGGUGAGAUAUGUUCUAACGCCACAAGCAGAUGUGGUAUCGUACAACAGCAGACCAGACUCGAGAAGUCCUGCCUUGAAACCCAGCUCCACCAUUUGCUAACCGUGUCCCCCCAAAUUAUUUAGUUUCUCUGAGCCUGUUUCCCAUCUCAAAGUGGGGGUGAUGAGGAUGCCUUUGUCCCGGGAUUAUGGAAGGGAUUGAGUGAGAUGGUGGACAGGAAGGCAUCCGGCCCUGUGCCUGGAAUCCAGUUGCACUUUGUCCUUCUUGAUGAGUAUUUUAUAAAUAAAGCCAGUGAGAGAUUUUAUUUUUUGUGUCAUCAGAUUUGGAAUUCAUGACGAAAAUGUGUGUAGUGACUAGGUUAGCAUGGCCGUCAUCUCCUCAUUAAAAAAAUAAAGCAUUGCUAGGUGGCUGAGUUUUGGAGUGUUUUUGUUUUGUUUUCA